UUACAGAGCAUUGAAAUAUUAGACAAGUGUUUGGACAGGGAUGACAGGUGGAAACAGACAGGUGUGUUUUGUACAGGGACUGCCACGUGUAGGUCUGAUGGCUUCCUGCACCAACCCUUGUGUUCCUGUUUACUACUAUUAGAUCAGUGUAUGAAGAGGCAUGUUUUGAACAGGGACUGCCACGUGUAAGCCUGCUGGUCACCCCCAAACAUUACACAGGCUAGGAAGUGCAGCAUCUCUUCCUGUUCAUCCUCUCUUUCCUGUGAAUAAUGCAGAGAUUUCACACAUUGCUGACUGUUGCUGUGAAAGGGUUGACAGGUUAAUGAUCCUGGGAGGCAAAGAAAACUGGUGGUCUUUGGUCAAUGGCCUUGGUGUUGUGAUGGUCUGCUGCCUUCAUCACUUUUCACCACAACAGCAGGGGAGAGGGAGAGGGAGUGAGGAAGGUGUGGGAGGUAAGACAAAUGUGAAGAGAGAUUAUGCUUAAUAUUGCAUCUUGCUAUUUAAAGCUAGAUAAGAGUGUUGAAGCCUCCCUCCUGAAAGAGUUCAAGUCACAGGCAGGGGGAAACACAGCAGCAGGUAGGGAGUUCAGGAGUGUGCCAGUGAAGGGGAUGAAAGACAGAAUACUGAAUAACUCUUGCAUUAAAGAGGUGGACAGAAUAGUGGUGAAAGAUUGAAAAUACUAGUUAACUCUUGCAUUAGGGAGGUUGACAGAGUAGUGGUGAAAGAUUGAGAAUAAUGGUUAACUCCUUCAUUAUGGAGUAUGACAGAGUAGGGAGGUUGACAGAAUAGUGGUGAGAGAUUGAGAAUACUGGUUAACUCUUGCAUUAGGGAGGUGGACAGAAUAGUGGUGAAAGGUUGAAAAUACUGGUAAACUCUUGCAUUAGAAUGGUGGACAGAAUAAUGGUGAAAGAUUGAAAGUACUGGUUAACUCUUGCAUUAGGGAAGUGAACAGAAUGGUGAGAGAUUGAAAAUACUGGUUAACUCUUGCAUUAGGGAGGUAGACAGAAUAGUGGUGAGAGAUUAAGAAUACUGGGUAACUCUUUCAUUAUGGAGUUUGAGAGUGAACAGAAUAAUGGUGAAAGGUUGAAAGUACUGGUUAACUCUUGCAUUAGGGAAGUGGACAGAAUGGUGAGAGAUUGAAAAUACUGGUUAACUCUUGCAUUAGGGAGGUAGACAGAAUAGUGGUGAGAGAUUGAGAAUACUGGUUAACUCUUUCAUUAAGGCCCGUCCACACGAUCGAACAAUGUUCGAUGGACAAAAUUGUUACCAAUUACCAGUGGAAAGUGGAAAGGCUCACAGAUGACGUCAGAAGCAAGCACCAAGAGCUGUACCGGACACUGUCCGUGUUCGUAGUAUUGGAGGUACAGAUCCUUAACUACAUCAUAGAUUGUUUGGCAUGUCCCAGGAAUAAUUGCAGAUGGACUGUUUAUAUAUUCUUGUGUAUUGAAGGGAAGUGUAGGAGCACCCGGUGGAAAGGUAAAUCAAUAUUGCCUCUAGACGUGCUUCUGGUGAUAUGCUUUCCCUCAUACAGGUGUCCUGCUUCGUCAUGGAAGGUUAUAUUUUCUCCAGUGUUGUAGAAGCUGUUUGGGUCCAUCCUCAUAUAGUUUGUGAAAUCUGAUUCAUAACCAAUACACAAUUUAUGUAAAAUGGUUGCAUGACUUCCCCUUUCUCUUCGUGUUUUUUGACCAGUCCUUGCGCCAUUCCCUUCUUGUCAUCUUGUCCUCGCACAGUGCACCAAUUAUUAUGCUGCAUAGUGCAUUUUUUUUUUUUCUUUCUUCUUGUGCACCAUGGUGAUGAUGUACCGCAGAAGACGCUGGCAGCAACCACUUGUCGCCGAAAUCCACACUAACACUGACGUAAAUACCUGUGUGUUGCUAACGGACAUCAGCUUCGAACAUUGUCUACUGGUCCUUGUCUGGUGAACAGAGUAGAAACUGUGGUUUACAACUUUAUCUGGUGCCACUGUUUGUUGCCAUAUCAACUUCCCUCAUUUACAUGCUUAUGACGUCAUCCUGCUUCGCCUUAUGAUUUGGUAGCAGUGUUUGUCCGACGGACACUGUUCGACUGUGUGGACGCACCUUUACGGAGUUUGAGUAGUGGUGAAAGACUGAGAAAAAUGGUUAACUCUUGCAUUGAGGACAUGGACAGAUUAGUGGUGAAAUACUGAGAAUAGUUGUUGACUUGCACUAGCGAGGUGAACAACAUUGGUGAAAGAUUAAAAAUAUUGGUUAACUCUUGCAUUGGAGAGGAGGACAGAACAGUGGUGAAAGAUUAAGAAUACUGGUUAAUUCUUCCAUUAGGGAGGUGGACAGAAUAGUAGUGAAAGAUUGAGAAUACUGAUUAACUCUUGCAUUAGGAAGAUGGACAGAAUUUUAGUGAAAGAUUUAGAAUACUGGUUAACUUGCAUUAAGGAGGUGGACAGAAUAGUGGUGAAACAUUGAGAACACUGGUUAACUCUUGCAUUAGGGAGGUGGACAGAAUAGUAGUGAAAGAUUCAGAAUACUUUUUAAUUCUUGCAUUAGGGAGGUGGACAGAAUAGUGGUGAAAGAUUGAGAAUACUGGUUAACUCUUGCAUUAAGGGGGUGGACAGAACAGUGAUGAAAGAUUGAGAAUACAGGUUAACUCUUGUAAUAGGGAUGGACAGAAUAGUGGUAAAAGAUUGAGAAUACUGGUUAAUUCUUGCAUUAGGGAGGUGGACAGAAUAGUGGUGGGAGUGAAAAAGUCUUACCAAAUUGUACUGACAACCUCUGAGCAAAGAGGAGCAGCAAGGAGUAUCUAAAGUUUAAUGAAAGCCUCACAAAGUGUUGGCUGGAUCUGCCCCCAAGCUUGAUAAAGUUAGUUUUAAUAGAGACGGGAAUUGGAAUUGGUUCCCAGACAGAAUGGUGGGUGACUGGAAUAGACUCAGUAGUCAGGCUGUCACUCCCUUUGAAAUGCCAAAAUUUUACUUUUUCCACCAGUAGAAUUGAUGCGUAGAUGGUGAAUAGGCUUAAAAUACAAAUAAAACACAAGAAAAUACAAGCAAAAAUAAAAAUAAGUAUAAUACUAAAUAUGUCAUGAUGAUGAAAAUAACAAAUUAAUUUCUUUGUUAUUUGUUAUUACUUGAAUGAAAUCAAUUUGAUACGUUAGGUUAAUUUUUAAUGAAUUUCUUUGUUAUUUGUUAUUACUUAAAUGAAAUCAAUUUGAUACAUUAGGUUAAUUUUUUCUGCAUAUUCUUUCAAAUUUUGUGUCUAGAAUAAAGCCUGAUGUAAACAUUAUACUGGGGAGAGGUGAGACAGGGUAGGUUGAUGGGGUUCUGCGGUGGUGAAGUGAUGAGGUGAGAUAAGACAGGACAGGGUGAUUGAUGAGGUAGACAAGACCAUAAGAACUGCAAACAAGUUCUCGGUCUCAAUUUCUUACAAAAUAACAUUAUACACUGAUGUUAAACACUUUCAACAUAUUACAGUAUUCAUUAACAAUAUACAUGCAAUCAACUUGGCACUAUGACAAUUAACAAUACAUGCAAUCCACUUGGCACUAUGACAAUCAGUUUUUACUACAAAAUUAAAGUAUUUACCUCGGUCACCAUCCUGCCCAUCUUUGAGCGUGACUUGGCCUUGAGUGACGCCCGCAGGUGACCAGUGAGUUAACCACUCUAUUAACAAGUGAGCAUUGGCUUUGGUGCUUAAUAUAGCAUUGAAUACUGAUACUUACACAUAUUACACGUUUUCAUGCAAAUAGAAAACUAUUGAACAUUUCACUUAUGAUUACCAAAGAAUAAUGACAUGAGGUACAUACACUUUACAUACAGUAACAUGGCUCUCCUAAAUUGUGUAACAAUUUACCUUAAAUUAACAUUAGUAUGUACCUUAAAACUAAGAUUGGCACAUAAUAUGUUUUGUUACAUUGGCUCCUUGGCGGGGAUGCUCCGGUCUAUUAUUAUGCAUUACCUUCUAACAGCAAUAUUAGACUAUGUAUUGGCCUCUCUAUGAUGGUCCUGUUUGCCUUUGUGUAUCUUCCCUGGUUGUUGAGAUUACAGUCUGACACCAGGAUCUUAACCUUUCUUACUAGGCCAUCAUGAUCGGGAGAUACUUCUGUUAAUCAGCUGGGUUAUGUGUGAUGUUUUGGGAAAGAUGACUGGGUGUUUGGAUUUAUCUGUCAGAUUAAAAAGCCUCAAUCUUCCUCCUACUCUCAUGAUACCAUUUUUGUCAAUGAAGGGAUCUAACUUAUAGAGAGAACUGGUCUUGUCUAUCACUUUUGUUCCUUACCAUUGUUUCCUUUAAUUAAAGAAUUAUGGUUAGCAGAUGAUUUCAGUACAUUUAUCUCCUUUUGGAAUGCCUUUGAUUGCAGUUGUUUUAUAAUUACAUUUUCAGCUUCUGACACUUGUGCUACAUUUACUGGCUUAUAUGUAUUUUCCUUUACUUUAGUAGUGCCAUCACCUUUUCCUCUGAAACUGUUCAGAAACUUGAGGCAUACAGCAACUGUCCUCUUUGCUUUAAAUCAAUCAGAAAAAUACUCAAGUCUUUCUAGUAUAUCUGUGGGCCGUUGUGAACCUACAGCAUGGCAUACAACUUUCUUCACUUCAGGAUCAUUCUCAUUUAUGACCUUGUACUGGGAAUGGCUAUCCAUUUUACUACAUUGCCAAAGGAAUUCUGGGCUGUUCCACCAGAUCUUGCUAUUACACAAUUCAUCUGCUGUCAUGCCUCUAGAUGCAUGAUUUGCUGGGUUAUACUGUGUUUCUACAAAUUUCCGCUGAUCUGAAGUGUGAUCUCUAAUUGUUUCUACUCUAUUAGCAACAUAUACAUGGAAUCUCUUUGCUUCAUUUGCAGUGUAACCAAGGACUACUUUGCUGUCUGUCCAAAAUACUUCUUCCACAUUUAUACUCAAGUUCUCCCUUCAAGAGUUUAUAGAUUCUAACUGACACCACUGCUGCUGCUAGCUCUAGUCUGGGAAUUGUCAUGGUUUUUAGAGGUGUGACAUGUGACUUUGCCAUUACUAAUGCACAAUGAAUUUGGCCAGUCUUGCUAAUUAAUCUAAUAUAUGAGCACUGGCCAUAUCCCUCUUGACAGGCAUCUGAAAAGUGAUGGAGUUCAACCUUUUCUACUUCCCCAAAGUCAUCAGGUUUGUAGCAUCUAGGUACCUUUAACUGAUCUAGCUUAUGCAGCUCAUCCUUCCAUUUUAUCCAUUUAGGUUUGACAUAAUCUGGCACCUCAUCGUCCCAUUCAACUGCAUUCUUACAUAACUCUUGUAAAAUUCGCUUUCCAGUCAGUAGGAGAGGUGACACUAGACCUAAUGGAUCAUUAUAGAGCUCACUGUUGACAGAAUGCCUCUCCUGGUGAGUGGCUUGUCUUUCAGCUUUAUUCUAAAUUGAAAUGUGUCAGAUUCUAUGUACCACUCAACUCCCAAAGUUCUUUCUAUAGGCAGUGUGUCUUCUUUCUUACUAAAAUCCAAACUUUUAAUUCCAUCUGCUCUCUCAUGAGGAGAAAUUGCAGCUAAUACAUCUUUGUUGUUUGACAAGAACUUAGGAAGGUUAAAACCUCCCUUGUAACAUAAUUCUUUGCUCUGCUGAAUAAGAGUGACAGCUUCCUUCAUUGUAGCUACUGACUUCAAACCAUCAUCAACAUAAAAGUUGCUUCUUACAAACUUGGCUGCAUCAGAUCCACAUCCGUAGGGAUGCUUCUUGCUAUCACUUGCUAUUUGCUCUUCUGCCAUAAUGGCUUCUGCACAAUCAAGACCAAUGAGGAGUCCUAUGUCAACGUUUGGGUCAUAUUUCAUUAGUUUGUCAGAGAUUGCCUUUAAGUGGGGCCAGUCACAAGCAGUCUCGGCCCUUGGUAUCUGACUCCAUCCAGCUGAAAUGUUUUCUGUUGAAUAUGCUGAAGGGAUUGAUAUUUCCACUUCUUCAUUAUAACCUCUUACUUUAAGUCCAUGAAUUUUGAUAGAAUCAGUGGUUUGUUUUCCACUUAUUGUGUGGAUAUUAAGUGACACUGAUGGUCCACUAACUCCCAAUUUAUCCAGAGUGCUUUCCUUGAUGAAUGAAGCAUCAGACUGCUCAUCCAGCAGGGCAUACACUAAAACUUUAUUCUCUUCAUUACUAACAUGAUGUAACCAUACAGGAACUAUCAUGGUGUGCAUGUCAUGUGUCACUGAUUCUGUAACUUUGACCUUAUUUGCUACUACUGUGGGUUUAUCCUCUUUAGGCUGAGUUGCUUGUGCUGGCACCCUUUGACUCAGUUUUUGUCAUAUCAUCAUUGUGAAGAGCUGUGGGAUGGUAUCUCUGACAUACUUUACAAACUUUCCUUCUUCUACAAUCCUUUCCUUUGUGACCCAUUUUUAGACACCCUGUACAUAACCAUUUUUCUUUAGCAAAUUUGUACCUAGUAUUACCAUCAAGUUUGGAAAAUUCCUUGCAAUCAUCUAAAUCAUGAUCCUUUGUACAGUAGUGACAGAAUUGUCCUUUCCUUUCCUGGUCCUUGGGAUGCUGUUUGUUGGCUUGUACAUUUACUUUACUUUGGAAUGACCACAUUGGUUUUUCCUCAAUUGCUUUAGCCAUGAAAGUUCUACUCCCUCUAUUCUUUGUCAUGAUGUUUGAUUCCCUUGGUUUCCAAUUGGUUGCCCUUGUGUGAGUUUUGAUCCAGUCAUUUACUUCCCUACUUACUGAAUUCCAGGAAACAAAGCGAUUGCUUGCUCCUUUAGCUUCCUUCUGGAUAAAUUCACACAACAUUUCAAAGGGUGGGUGGUGCUCUUCAUCACUACUAGGAGUGUUGUUAUUACUGUUAGUAUCAAGAUAUAUCAUUACUUGCUUUCUCCAGUCAUGAACAAUAUGUUCAGGGAGUUUUGUUAGCACCUUUCUCUGCUCUCUAGGGUCAUUCAGAAAUGACAAAUGAGAAGUGUGUUUCAUUGCAGCUAAACAGCACUUCAAAAAAUCUGAGAAUGCUGUUAAUGCUGGACCAUUAUGUGGAGAGAUUGGUAGCCAAUUCAUUAACUUUUUUGUGUAAGCAUCAGCUAUGAUGCUUUUGUUUCCAAAUCUAUCACUAAGAAUUUUCUUUGCUUGCACAUAGUCGGCAUCAGAGUUAAAGUGCAUUAACAUUUUAAUGGCAUCCUUUGCCUCACCAGUUGUAUACCUGUCUAAGUAGGCAAGUCUCUCUCUACCAAUAGAAGUUUUAGACUCUACAUAAGUUUCAAAGUUUUUCAACCAACUUGGAAAUUCCAUGGGUUCUCCAUCAAAGGUGUUAGGUUCUAUUGGAGGGAGGCUCCACUUGGGAUCAGGUAUGUUGAUUGCAAAGGUUCCCCCUGAAUGGGAAAAGGAUUGAUGAUUCUGUCUCACAUUAUUAGGCAUGUUGACAUUAUGAGUGUGUCUACAAGAGCUUGGUACAAGACUCUGAGCUGUAGGGUUGAGAUUUAUUACCUGAGGUUCACUAAAUAUUUCUCCAUCUACUUCAUUUGUCACUAAUUCAUUAUCUCUAUUGCAAGAAGGUUCCUGUGGGUCAUGGAAUGUAACAUAUUUGUGAGGCAUGGCAUUGUCACUUUGUUGAUUUGCAAUUGCUUGUGCUUUCAUUUCAUUUUGUGACUCUAUGUAUUGUUGAAGAUAACUUUACUUCUCUACACUUUCAUCAUUACCUGGAAGCAUUUUUACUUCUUCUUCAACUAAGCUAAGAGCAUUAAGUUCUGCACUAGCGACUGCUAAAUCUCUCUCUUUCCUUUUCUUUGAGAACAUUGCUUCUGCCUCUGCUUUUGUCUUAGCUAACAUAAUUUCUGCCUCUGCUAAACUAUCAUGAUAUUCCAUUUCCUUUCUAAGUCUGGCUACCUUUGCUGCUGCUUCUUGCUUUCUUUGUGCUGAUAAACGUGAUGAAGUAGAUGAGACUCUAGAAUGCCCAGACCGUUUGCUAGAACAAAUUGAUCCUUUGUCAUUCUUUAACUCUUUUCUUUUACAUUCUAUACUUUUUAAUAUUUCAUGGUGAACUCGUUGAUUGUGUUCCAGCUCUUCAUUUAGCUCCUCUGACUUUUCUGGUGCUAGUUCCACCAGUUUUGUGUAUUCCACAUAAUACUGAUGAAAUGCCUUUAUUACUUCACUUGACAUGGGCUCUAAUUCAAAGGGGCUAAUUACAAUUUUUAGUCCUUUCUUAAUUUUGCUGGUAACACUGCUCCAUUUACGCUUACAGGACUCUGCUCUUCCUUUGGUUACACUGACUUGAUAUUCUCUUCCUUUGUCGGUCAGCACUCGCUCCCUGACACUAACUUCUUCAUUACAAGUUUGAUCCCAGUCCACUUGCUCACCCUCACCUUCCCUAAGGCCAUCUACGGCAUUAAUUUCCCCAGUAUCAGACAUAUCUAACAACUUAAUUAUGUCAAUACUGAGACACUGAAAGAGCAAUUAAAAUUACCACUCUAAUACUAGCUAAUUGUGGGUAAUUUUCACUUAGGCUACUCAAUUCAGUGCACAUACAUACUCAAUUCAGUGCAUAUUAUACUUUCUUGCCUGUGACCAUGGGUUCUACAAAAUGGUGGUGAGGCACGGUGGGUGGAAGGGAGUGGUUGUCGUCAAGGGUAGAGCUGACCCCAGGGCCUCAGAGGUCAACCUAUAGGCUUACGUCAGCGUCCCCUCGUCCUGUGACUCACUCUUGCUAUGGUUUCACAUGGAGCCAAUUUCUUGCUUGUAGGUUGAGUUCUUACUGUAGCCACACCGGCUGGGCAUCAAUUGACUCUCAGGUGAUCUGUUUUACUGAUCACACCCAUCAUCGUAGGGUCGAGGAAAGGCAGUUCUCCCUGACACGUUUAUUGAUGAGGUAGGCAUGACCGUAAGAACUGCGAACAAGUUCUCGGUCUCAAUUUCUUACAAAAUAACAUUAUACACUGAUAUUAAACACUUUCAACAUAUUACAAUAUUCAUUAACAAUACAUGCAAUUGACUUGGCACUAUGACAAUCAGUUUUCACUACAAAAUUAAAGUAUUUACCUCGGUCACCAUCCUGCCCGUCUUUGUCUGAGCGCGACUUGGCUGUGAGUGAUGCCCGCAGGCGACCAGCAGGUUAACCUCACACUACCAACAAGUGAGCAUCGGCUUCGGUGCUUAAUAUAGCAUUGAAUACUGAUACUUACACAUAUUACAUGUUUUCAUGCAAAUAGAAAACUAUUGAAUAUUUCACUUAUAAAUGCCGAGGAAUAAUGACGUGAGGUACAUAUGCUUUACAUACAGUAACACAAGUACUUAGGGAUGUGGAUGAGUCCUAGUGGGUGCGCAAAGGCAAAGAAUGAAAAGAUAAGUAUGGUAAACCAGUGGGUAGGUCGAUUGGGAAGCGCGGCAAGGAUGAGAGCAAGUAAGUGUGAUGUGUUGAGAGAAGUGUGGAAGAGUGUGGCUGUACCAUGUAUAAUGUAUGGUAUGGAUGUGAUUGCAUGGAAUGAAAGUGAAAUUGAUAAGUUAGAAUUGGGCCAGAAUAGAGUAGCAAGGAUGGCACAGAGUGCACCGAGGUGCACAGCAGUUGAAGCCUUGAGAGGUGACAUGGGAUGGAGCACCUUCAGAGAAAGACUGACAAAAGCCACACUUAGGUACAAGAUUAGGCUUGAGAGAAUGGAUGAUGCAAGAAUAGCAAGGAAGGUGUACCUGUGGAAUGAAAGUGGAAGCAAAUGGAGGAAGAGAUGCAUGAGAAUGACAGACAGGAAUGGAUUGCAAGUUGUGUGGGCGAUAAGAAUGGGUGGGAGGAAUCAAAAUGAGCGUGAAUGGGUGGUAACAAGAGGAGGCAGAGUGGGAGCCGAAUGGGAUGUGAGAAAAUGGGAGAAUGAGAUAGACAAAGAAGUGAAAUGUGUGGGAUUGAAUGAAUGGAAGAAUGAAAUGGAAAGAAAGAAGACCCUGGAAUGGUACAAGGAGAAAGAGGCCCCGAGGUAUGAAAAGUGGUAUGAUGGAAGCCUGGGCGGUGAUCUUCUCUUCUGAGCGAGGGCACAGUGUAUGGAUGUGAAUGCAAGGAGUUACAGGUGGUCUGAGUCCUGCAGCAAAGUGUGCCAGAUGUGUGACAUGGGAGAGGAUGAGACGGUGAAACAUGUGGUGCUGGAGUGUGUGAAGUAUGCCAGAGACAGGAAUGAGAUGAUGCAAGUGAUACUGACUGAGUUAGGGCAUGAUAGGAUUGAAAGAGUGGAGAAGACAGGAAAGGAAUGGAUGGUGUUGUUGCUGGGACUGUGUAGAGAGGCGAAUGAAAGGAUGAUUGAGGCGGUGAAAGAGUUUCUGGAGAGAAUGUGGCGUGCCAGGUGUAUUAACAGUUAGGAUAGAGGAUGCUGUUCGUUUCUCUUUUUUUUUUUUUUUUUUCCUUCUACAGGAGUUGCCGAUCCAAAGGCCUGGGUCAGGAGUGAUCCUGUGCCACCUGUACCAUCAAGAUCUGUACCUGUACCAUCCUUCCGUCCCACACUGCGUGCCACACACCCCUUCACAUUUCCUCUAUUUCCCUUCGAUCUCCACCAGUUAAGAGCAUGGAUGAGGGCCAGGACGAGAGAAUGGAGGAGGAGGAAGCCAUGCAAGGAGGGAGCAAAGAGGAGGAAGAGGCAGGAGGAGGAGGAGAGCUAGAAUGCGACUUUUCCGCCUAUAAACUUUUUCAUGAGGGAAGCACUGGCCACCACCAUCAACAACGUGCAGGUCGCAGCCUUCUGGUCCGAGUUGGGUCAGGGCAACAUCUGGGAGCUGACCUCGCUGCUGGAGGAUGUGGAGGCAGAUCAGGCUGGGUCAGGUCAUGGUAGAGAUGACCUGCCUCUCUUCAUACAUUUCUAUAUUCCAAAGGCUCUAAUUGAAGUGAUGUGGGCUGCUGUGAAAGAGCUGAAGCACCACUCAGCGCCGGAGGAGUGGCACCCCAGCGAGGGUUCCGUGCUGGCCAGCGGGGUGGAGGACGACGCCAUCUUGCAGUGGGACCUGGCUGUGGAGAGGGAGGCAGCCGAGGAGGGGGAGGAUGUGCCAGAGCAGCUGCUGUUUGUGCACCGCAGCCAGCAGGAGGUGAAGGAGUUACACUGGCACCCUCAGAUCCCCGGCCUGCUGGUGUCCACGGCUCACAGCGGCUUCAAUAUCUUUAAGACCAUCAGCUGCUGAGAUUUCUCUGCACCGCAGCCGCGCGUCCUCGUCAACUCGUGCAGCUCUUCCCGAACGCCUCCCGCGUCUUGGGAGUCUUUCUGGUCCGCAGCAGCAGAGUGCUUUCUUAAUCUUUCCAGGCAGAGGAGGAGGUGAAGAAGGCACCGCUGACCCCAGACCUGGAAAGCAAGGUCACCAAGAUUAAGGUGUCCAGUGGGAAGCAGCCCACACUACUACUACCAUCACCAUCACCACCAGGGCAGCCCCGUCCCUGAGCCAAAUGUCCCCCUGGCUGGUGGCUGACCCUCCUCCCCCCCACGACCAGGAGGGCCGUGAUUGGCCCUCCUGGAGGAAAGGUUUAUGGUAGUUUUUUUGAGGUUUUUGACUGGUUGAGAGUAUUAGUGUGUGUGUGUGUGUGCAACACACACACACACACACACACACACACUUGAGCAACAGACAAACAAACAAACAAACACAAACAAGAACAUUCCAGUAAAUCAUUCAUCUCAUUAUGAAAAUAGUGUCACUAUUAUUAUUAUUAUUAUUAUUAUUAUUAUUGGUUUUAUUGUACUUAAGUAACUUAGCUCAUUAUUUUUAUAGAUUUUUGACUGACUGUGUGUGUGUGUGAGAAAGAGAGAGAGAGAGACUGACUGACUGACUAACCGAAUAUAAACAUUCUUUGCGCGCGCACACACACACACACACACACACACACACACACUAGAAAGGAUCCAAAGAGCUGCAGCCAAACUGUUGCCAAGCUUGAGAGAUUAAACCUAUGAAGAAAGAUUAAGGAGACUGAAGCUUGCAUCUAGUAUCCUUCCUACAUAAAAAAAAAAAAAAAAAUUUUUAUUAGAUUUUUGUUGCCCUUGGCCAGUAUCCUUCCUACAUAAAAAAAAAAAAAAAAAAAAAAAAAAAAAAAAAAAAAAAAAAAUCAUUACCAGAGAGAAGAGAAAGAGGGGAGCUGAUUGCUAUAUACAGAGCUUUAAAGGGUAGGGAUCAAGUUGACAAAGAAGACUUAUUUGUGUGGGACUCAACACAUACAAGAGCACAUGGAGUGAAAUUGAGGAAAACACCAAGUAGAAGAGAUGUCAAGAAAUAUGGUUUCCCAAACACAAGCACAGAAAUAUGGAACAACUUAGAUGAAACACUGGUACAAGCAACUAAUAUUCAUGGAUUUAAAGUUAAGCUGGAUGCUUAUAGGUAUGGUGACACACACACACACUGGAUGCUUAUAGAUAUGGUGACAGGACAGCACGAGCACAGCUCUUUUCCUGUAAAACACAACUAGGUAAACACACACACACAUCUUUUCCAAUUCUUUCUUUAUUAUUAUUUUAAAGAGUCUCUCUCUCUCUCUCUCUCUCUCUCUCUGUGCCAAAAUGUAUGUGCAAUAUAUUGUUUUAUCUUUUGUGUAUGUCUAUCUGUCUAUUAAUUUUUUAUUUAUUUAUUCUUUUCUUCCUUUAUUUUUGUGUUCUUUAUUACCUUUUAUUUUCAUUCAUGUAUUUUUUUUACUUAUUUUCAUUUAUCUAUUUAUUUCCUUCCUCUUUCAUUUAUUUAUUUUUUAUCUAUUUAUUCAUUUUCAUUCCUCCUUAUUUACUUUUUUCACUUCAUUGUUUUUUUUUCUUCUCCAUUCCUUGUUAUUUCCUUCAAUUAUCAACAUUUCAUCAUUAUUGUUAUUUGUUGUUUACAUGUUUUCUUUCAUUCCUCAUUGUUUUAUUUCUUUUAUUCUUCAUUUAUACACA